AAAUGGGUAUCUGGCAAAGGUAUUUCAUUCUGAUCACAUGUGCUAUUGUAUUUAUGGCAGCAUGGGUUGGUCUACGGUGCCAGGCAUGCAGAGGAGAUCUUCCCCGGGAAGUGGUACUAAACUGGAUAAAGAGACAGAUCCUUGAGGGUCUAGAGCUUGACGAGCCCCCAUCCUUGACUGUACAGAGUCCGUUGGGUGAGAAGGUGCACAGGGCGGCCCAACACCGAACUCGGCGGGUGCUGCGGGAGGCGAAAGCAGAGAGGAGGCAUCAUCAGGAGACAUCCCAGGUCAUCAUGUUCCCCAGCUCUGACUCAACCUGCCUGGACAUAUCAGUCUCCUCUGAGACUUCUCCCAGUUACUUCACCUACUACUUCCAGCCGUCCCUGGUCAGCCAAGACUCCGUCAUCACCUCCCUCGACUUCUGGUUCUAUGCUGGUGAGGCUAUUAUAGCAAAUGUCAGCCAUGUUCCACUUUACAUCCUCACAUCACAGCAGGAGCUUCUGCAAGUGGCCCAAAAGCCAUCUAAACGCAGCCCAGAUGGCUGGACCACCUACAGGUUCGGGCAACACCUCCUUAGAGCUGUGGCCGACGGGCCCUUCGUGCUGCAGGUACGAUGCCUAGUGUGCAGCUGCUACAACUCUGCAGAGGAUAAAACCCCCUUCCUGCAUGUCCACGCAAGGCCACGAGGUCCUGAACGCACCCGUCGGUCAACCCAGAUCACUUGGUCACCAGAUGCCAUUGAGACACUCCAGAGGCCCUCAUCUGAAAGGAUCAGCAGCGACUGCAUGAGGGAGCAGAUCCAGAUUUCUUUUGAAGAGCUAGGCUGGGACAACUGGAUCGUGCACCCCAAGUCGUUCAUCUUCUACUAUUGCCACGGAAACUGUUUAAGCCCAGAACGUACUGCUACAAGGCUGGGCAUGCGUCAGUGCUGUGCACCAGUGCCAGAGAGCAUGAAAUCACUGCGCUUUACUACAACCUCUGAUGGAGGUUUCUCUUUCAAAUAUGAGACUCUGCCCAACAUCAUUCCAGAUGAGUGUAACUGCAUCUGAUGUGCUUGGUUAGUUACACAAUGUUCUGUUAAAUCAUAUAAUCAAAGUGUGACAAUAUACAGCAUAUACUAUAUUUUUCAAAUGGACCAUUAUCAGCACUGCUCCGACACUGAUAUAACAUGUUAAUGUGCAUUGUACUGGUAUAAGUGUAUUAGGUGUAGCAAUGAUGUUGAGAAUUUUAAACAGUGUUAAUGCUGAGAGUGGAACAGUGCUUCAAAUAAAAACAUACACAUAAAUGCAAAUAGAUCCACAUAAAUACACAACCAUAGCACACACAACCAGCCCACAAUGUUUCAAAUGUAUUUCAUUAGUAUUAAAUUUUGUAUAACACCGUCACCUCACAGCAAGGUCAUGGGUUCGAUCCCCAGGUGGGGUGGUCCGGGUCUUUUCUGUGUGGAGUUUGCAUGUUCUCCCCGUGUCUGCGUGGGUUUCCUCCAAUAGUCCAAAGACAUGCAAGUGAGGUGAAUUGGAGAUACAAAAUUGUCCCUGUGUUUGACUUUAAAACUUGUGAACUGAUGAAGCUCGUGUAAUGAGUAACUACCGUUUCUAUCAUAAAUGUAACCAAUGUGUGUAAAACAUGACGUUAAAAUCCUAAUAACUAAAUUAGUAUUGCAUUUUUAAAGUUAAAUUAAU